AUGCCUACUUUCCAAGACUCCAUCCCCUCCACACCCGCGGGUCCCUCCUCAUCCCCCACCCCCGCCUCCUCCAGACCCUCCACCUCAACCCAAGAGACGCUGCACGGCGCAGCCGCCGCUCUAUCCGCGCACGGCCUCGACCUGUGCCCGCACUGCUUCCGCGAGAUGAAGCACUGCGACGAGCGAUUUGAGUUCGCAUAG